UUCGGAUAUAAUAUCAGCUACCUGUCCCUGUCACUCCGACUCUCGUAGCCACUAGCAGUAUCAGUCAGGAUAUGUCUAUUUGCUGCAGCUUCUCCUAAAAGAAGGAUCUUUAUGUCCCUCCGAGGCUGAUAAUACCAGUAUGGCUUUAAUUUAAGACAUCUUAAGCUACUUAAGCAGAGCUGCAAGUUAUUUAUUGGAUGAGUGGCGCCGCCUAAAUUUUAAUUACUAAGUAUUUUCUUCCUGUCAAACGCUGUCGUUGGGGCUUUGGAGCAAAAACUGUGUCCAGCGUUGUUCUUUUGCCUGCUUAUCGAUGAACUCUAUGAAGGAUUCGUUGCUUCUGGACCAUCAGCUUACCGGCAAUAAACUCGCCUCUCCACACCAAACAGCACUUGCUAUGGCGUCUAGUCUGCAGCCGCUGCAGCGGUCUGUAGACUCCAAACACCGUCUGGAGGUGCGGGCAUUGUCGGGCACCUCCAGUCCGGAGUCUGUAGAGAGAGAGAAAAGCCAAAGCAAAAACGACGACCCCUCUGACGACCCUUCAAAAAAGAAAAGACAGCGACGGCAGAGGACUCAUUUUACUAGCCAGCAACUCCAGGAACUGGAGGCCACGUUCCAGAGAAAUCGCUAUCCGGACAUGUCCACGAGAGAGGAGAUAGCUGUCUGGACCAACCUCACAGAGGCCAGAGUCAGGGUAUGGUUCAAGAACCGCAGGGCAAAAUGGAGGAAAAGGGAGAGAAAUCAGCAGACAGAACUGUGUAAGAACGGUUUUGGCCCUCAAUUUAAUGGACUUAUGCAGCCAUACGACGACAUGUACUCCAGCUACACGUACAACAACUGGGCCGCCAAGGGGCUGACGUCGGCCUCAUUGUCCACCAAAAGCUUUCCUUUCUUCAAUUCCAUGAAUGUCAACCCGCUGUCGUCGCAGACCAUGUUCUCCCCGCCGAGCUCCAUCUCUUCCAUGAGCAUGACCUCCACUAUGGUGCCGUCCGCAGUGACCGGCGUGCCGGGCUCCAGCCUCAACAGCCUCAACAACUUGAACAAUCUCAGUAACCCGUCGCUGAAUUCGGGAGUUCCGACGCCGGCCUGCCCGUACGCGUCGCCGACACCCCCGUACGUGUACAGGGACACGUGUAACUCCAGCCUGGCCAGUCUGAGACUGAAGGCCAAGCAGCAUUCGAGCUUUGGAUACGUUCAGAACCCGGCCUCUAACCUGAGCGCCUGCCAGUACGCGGUGGAUCGGCCAGUGUGA